UCGGUUCGGCUCGGUACGGUACUGCAGAACUCGGUACGGCUCGGUUCGGCUCGGUUCGGCUCGGUACGGUACUGCAGAACUCGGUACGGCUCGGUUCCGCUCGGCUCGGCUCGGCUCGGCUCGGUACGGUACUGCAGAACUCGGUACGGCUCGGUUUGGCUCGGUUCGGCUCGGCUUGGCUCGGUACGGUACUGCAGAACUCGGUUCGGCUCGGCACGGCACUGCAGAACUCGGGCCACGCUGCCAUGGGAGGCUGCAGCUCGUGGGCACGGCCGGAGCUGCUGCUGCUGCUGCUGCUGCUGGGCAGUGCCUGGCUGCGGGUGGGCAGUGCCCAGCCCACCCCCCCAGGCCCUACACACCCCCCUGGACCCCAGCUGAGGGUCCGCCUGGCCGGUUACCCCCGAAAGCACAACGAGGGUCGUGUCGAGGUCUUCUACAACGAGGAGUGGGGAACCAUCUGCGACGACGACUUCACGCUGGGCAACGCGCACGUGCUGUGCCGGCACCUCGGCUUCGUGGCCGCCACCGGCUGGGCCCACAGCGCCAAGUAUGGCAAAGGAGUCGGGAGGAUCUGGCUGGACAAUGUGAACUGUGCUGGAAACGAGAAGAGCAUCGGGGACUGCAAACACCGGGGCUGGGGGAACAGCGACUGCAGCCACGAGGAGGACGCGGGUGUCGUCUGCAAGGAUGAACGCAUUCCAGGCUUCAAGGACUCCAACGUCAUCGAGACUGAGCAGAGCCACGUGGAGGAGGUCAGGCUGCGGCCGGUGGUGUCCGGGGGACGGCGGCAGCUGCCGGUGACAGAGGGCAUCGUGGAGGUGCGCUACAAGGACAGCUGGGCACAGAUCUGCGACCAGGGCUGGGACAGCCACAACAGCCGUGUUGUCUGUGGCAUGAUGGGCUUCCCGGCAGAGAAGAAAGUCAACAGGAACUUCUACAAGCUGGCCUCCAAAUCUCAGCCUAAACAAAAGCGCAGGGAGGACGUAGGGCCCAAGAAGAGGCUCUUCACAGAGCGGCAACAGCUCAACUACCGCCUGCACUCAGUGUCCUGCACGGGGACAGAGGUGCAUCUGUCCCUGUGCUCCUUUGAGUUCUACCGGGGCAACUCCUCUGCAGCCUGCAGCUCGGGCAUGCCCGCCGUGGUCAGCUGCGUGCCCGGGCCUCUCUUUGCCACUGGCAAUGCCCACAAGAAGAAACAGCGCCAGCAGCAGCAGCAGCAGGGCCAGCCCCGGAUCCGGCUGAAGGGUGGCGCGAGGGUCGGCGAGGGCCGUGUUGAGGUGCUCAGGAGCAGCGAGUGGGGCACCAUCUGUGACGACCGCUGGAACCUGCAGUCGGCCAGCGUCGUGUGCCGCGAGCUGGGCUUUGGCAGCGCCAAGGAGGCCCUCACCGGGGCACGCAUGGGGCAAGGGACGGGCCCCAUCCACCUGAACGAGGUGCAGUGCCGGGGCACCGAGAAGUCCCUCUGGGACUGCCCCUCCAGGAACAUCACACAGGAGGACUGCAAGCACACGGAGGAUGCGGCUGUGCGCUGCAACAUCCCCUACAUGGGCUACGAGAACCUGAUUCGGCUGAGCGGGGGCCGGAGCCGCUUCGAGGGGCGGGUCGAGGUGGCGGUGGGGGACCAGCCCCGCUGGGGUCUGGUCUGCAGCGAAGGUUGGGGUACACUCGAGGCCAUGGUGGCCUGUCGCCAGCUGGGUCUGGGAUUCGCUAACCACGGCUUACAAGAGACCUGGUACUGGGACGCCAGCAACGUGACAGAGAUGGUCAUGAGCGGGGUGAAGUGCGCCGGCCACGAGAUGUCCCUGAGCCACUGCCAGCACCACGGUGCCAGCCUGAGCUGCAGGAACACGGGCACGCGCUUCGCUGCGGGCGUCAUCUGCUCCGAGACCGCCUCGGACCUGCUGCUGCACGCCCCGCUGGUGCAGGAGACGGCGUACAUCGAGGACCGGCCGCUGCACAUGCUGUACUGCGCCGCCGAGGAGAACUGCCUGGCCAGCUCGGCCCGCCUGGCCAACUGGCCCUACGGCCACCGCCGCCUGCUCCGCUUCUCCUCCCAGAUCCACAACCGCGGCCGCGCCGAUUUCCGCCCCAAGGCCGGCCGCCACUCCUGGGUCUGGCACGAGUGCCACCGGCACUACCACAGCAUGGACAUCUUCACCCACUACGACAUCCUGACCCCCAACGGCACCAAGGUGGCCGAGGGACACAAGGCCAGCUUCUGCCUGGAGGACACCGAGUGCGAGGAAGACGUGGCCAAAAGGUACGAGUGUGCCAACUUUGGGGAGCAGGGCAUCACCGUGGGCUGCUGGGACCUGUACCGGCACGACAUUGACUGCCAGUGGAUCGACAUCACUGAUGUCAAGCCAGGCAACUACAUCCUGCAGGUUGUGAUCAACCCCAACUUUGAGGUGGCAGAAAGUGACUUCACCAACAAUGCCAUGAAAUGCAACUGCAAGUACGACGGGCACCGCAUCUGGGUGCACAGCUGCCACAUCGGAGAUGCGCUGAGCGAGGAGGCCAACAAGCGGUUUGAGCAGUACCCAGGUCAGCUCAACAACCAGAUUUCAUAGUGCUCCAGCCCUGGGGAGACAGGCAUCUCCCUCCCUCACCCCACAGGGUGGGAGGAAGCCGCUGGGAGACUGGCAGGGAGGCCUGAUGCCCAGUGCUGCUGCCACUGUGUCCUGCUGGGGACUGCCCAGGACUCGCCACCGGCUGCCCUUCCCCACCUCGGGGGGGCUGGAGGCACCAACACCUGCACCUCCCAGCCUGGGGCUGCCACCCCAACCACUGGCCAGAAGACCGUGCCCACAUCCCCUGGGCUGCGGCACACGGGUACAGUCCGGGAGGUCCUGCACCCCCCACCGCUCCAUCCCUGCCAUGCCAGCUGCACCCCAAAACUCCCACUCCCCUUUUCAGCCCUGGUUCCUCUCACCCCACAGCUCACCCCCUCAGCUGGCCCCAGGGCCCACCACCCACACAGGGCCCCAGGAGCCCCCGGGGAUGGUGCAGGUGUCUCUGCCCACAGCCCUGCCCAGGGGUGGCUCCUACCCCAUCUCUCAGUUGUAAUUUUAUUUCCUCUAUAAAGUUGUAAGUUCUAUUUCCCAA